UCUUUUGUGACCGUGAUGCAACAAAUGUGAUACGUGUGUGCGUCUUUCCCUUGGACGCGUUGAUCUCUUUCUCUCCUUCCGACCAUGGAGACAGCCACGUCCCAGAGAUGCAAUCACCACCACACAGCACCCUCGCAGACCUCAUCCAUGACCUGAAGACCCGCUUCCUAACUCCCACUGGCCUCAGUCUCGAAUACGACCGCGAGCUACACCAGGCACGAUAUGCUCUAAAGCACAAAAAGGGAUAUCUUGAGUCCAAGACUUUAUACGAGCCCAUCGACCGAUUCCGGUUUCUGCCCCUGGAUAACCAUCACCACGGAUCAUCCACAUCAUCCUCGACCUCAUCGCUCUCGUAUCGGGCCGCAGAUCUCCAGCGCCAGAUCGCCGCCCAUAUCGACCAUAUCAUCAGUAUCCUUGAAGCGCGACGGCAGCAGCUUUCUGUGGAGAGCAGUCGUAAUGGCAUCAGUAACAGCGACAGCAGCGACCGGUCUGCAAGGCUGAGUGGCAGUGACAGUGGCGAAUUAUCACGAUCUCACGAUCGGACUACAACGACAUCUGUGAUGGGGAUAUUAGCGAGCAGAGAUAAGCGAUCUUUGCGGGACAAUCAGGACCAAAGCCAAAAUACAGAUCCGGAUCUCGAUGGGUUUACGUUCGACCAAUUACGACCGCACUUGAACGCCCUUGACGGGUUCUCGCAGCCCAUGCUUCAAGCCGUUCAGCAAUCAAUCCGACAGCUGGCCCAGAAUGUCGUUACCCUUCACAACAAUGGCAACAACAGCAGCAAUGGCAACAGCAACAACAAUAGCAACAGUAAUAGCAGCAUCGGUGGUCAUAACAGCUCUCCGUUGGGCAAUGGUCAUGGAGUACGACAAGAAAAGAGCGAUUCUCUGGAGGACGUGAUUGUAAAUGUCAGACGACAACUGUUAUUUCUCGACCGAGCAAAGGAGGAGAUCAUUGUUCAGGACAUGACUAUCCAGGAAAAGGCAUUGAAGCUAUUCGACACGCUGCACCAGUCUAUCAUGGUGCUGUGGGAGAUCCUGGUCGACUUUAUGAUUCAAUAUCAGUUAGAGCAGGACCUGACCUUCAAGCAGUACUUUGCUCAGUUGGUCGACUCGAUGGUCUUGAAGUUGGAGAUUUUAAAGGCCACGCUACAGCAAUCUGUCUAUGAUAAGGACACCGUCGCAAAACUGGCAGAGUUUCGGUAUGUGAGCAGCUUGUAUUUUUGCUCCGCAAAGUUGUCGUGCAGGAACACUGCGUUUGACUAACACGGAUUUCUCUCGGAUGAUCUAUCUGAUGAUCUAUCUGGACGUUUCCGUAGAGAUGUACUGGACAAGAGGCAGCAAGCACUCGAAUCGCAAACACGACACAAUGCUGCUUUGCUACAACAGUACCAUGACGCAGGCGAAGAGUUCUACAUGAUUGUCGACGCAUAUGCCAAUAUCAUGCAGCGCAUAGAGAUUGUCCAGGACGACAUCAGGCGACUGGACUGAAUAAAUCGCCUCUGCUUC